AGACCCUUUCGCCGAAUGACUGUGUCGCCGAUGCCCCGCAUCACGUGCUAUCAUCAAUUUUGGAACAAUGGGAUAUGUCUACUAAGCUACUUUUACUGCUUGAGAAUGUUUGCGACAACAUCGGGAGGGAUCGACCACAUCAUGAGCAAGCAAGGGAAGGCGCGUGCCGCUGGCGGGAAGGGCUUCGGCGUCAGCUCCCCUCGCCCCAACUUUGGAGGCUUCGCGACUUUAUCGAGUAGCCUCUCCUACGUCUCCAAACCGCCCGACUUCUCAGCUAUCUCCGAUGCCAACGUGGUCGUGUCGCUGAAGAACUUGCUGAAGAAAGAUAGCGUCACGAAAGCGAAAGCUCUCGAGGACCUUGUUUCUUAUGCCCGGGCCCAUCCGUACGACCAAGAUGGUGGCCCAGAAGAAGCCGUCCUGGAAGCAUGGGUCCAAUUGUACCCCCGCACAUCGAUCGACAAUUCCCGCCGAGUUCGCGAGCUGUCACAUGUUCUCCAGCUCGAAUUGAUGAAGUCGGCCCGCAAGCGAAUGGAGAAGUAUAUCCCUAGGGUUGUUGGAGCUUGGUUGGCCGGCACUUUCGACAGAGACCGCGUUGUCUCUCGCGCUGCGAGCGACGGCCUGUCUUCCUUCUUGAAGACAGAUGAAAAAACGAUCCAGUUCUGGCGCAAGUGCCACGUCCAGAUUCUCGACUAUGCGUCCGAGGCGAUCCGGGAGACACCAGACAGUCUGAGUGACGAGCGGUCCACGACGAAGGAGGAUGCCGAGGCAAAAUACUAUCGUGUCAUUGGUGGCAGCCUGUCUCUCAUUAUAAAUCUGCUCCAGAAGGUGGAUAUCGAGAAGAGUCGGGACCAAAUCGAGCAAUUCUUGGCAGUGGACGCAACCUGGGCGUGCGUGACCGCUGAAGAUUCCUCUGUUAGGAGAGCUGUCUACCAGCUUGCCCAAGUGUGCCUCCAGGACUACCCCGGCUUGUUGUCUUCGCAACUCCCUAAGGUUGGGAAGGCCUUGACAUCGGAGGCGCUCAAAUCCAGGCAGACAGGCUCUGCGGGGGAUCUCGUCCGAGUCUUGACCAACCUCACUAAGCGCCAUCCGGAGGUCUGGGGUACCAAGAAGCAGCCGUUACCUCGACUGCAACGGCUGGUGGAGAAAGGCUCUCAGGGCGGUUCUUGGGCUUUCUGGCAGGACUUGAGUCGGUUAAUCGCCGUUCUCCCUCAGGAUAAUGUCCCUUUUGAAGCGGCGACAGGUUUCAUGAAGGCUCUGAGACUUGGUAUUUCGAGCAGGGAAGAACCCAGAUCCCAUGCGCCUUAUUCGUGGACAUGUUAUAUCGGCACUCUCCAGCAUUUACUGCGCCUAUUGGCCCCUGUGGACUCUCGUACCGAGUUUAUCAAGGACAACUUUUAUCCGCUCACCGAUCAAUACCUAUUCCCGACUGCGGACAAGUCAUCAUGGACUGGUGGGGGCCAAUUAAGAAUCCUUUGCCAAGGAUGGACCAGUUUGGCAUCUCAUCCAGAUGCAUCCAUACGGCAAUCCGCCGCAGACGAGUGGCAAAGAUUGGGCGAAACGCUUGUAUCCAGGAUGGCGAAUUCUUUGCCAGAGGUAUCCCAGGACUUCCAAAAGUCACAACAGGGCGUAGCAGACGAAGGCACUCGAUGGUUUGCCUUGGUAGGGGCGGUUCUUGAGCAUAUCAACGGGACGACGAAGGGACCAGAAGACACUCCCAGCCCACUCCAAUCCACUGUCCUUGAGGCAUCCGACAAGGUUCUCCACGGGGCUCUCGACCUUCUUGUCAAGAGGAACUUCAAACCGUUCGGUGCAGCAUUGAUUCUUCAAUCUGCACUCAAGAAAUCACCGAACCUGUUCCGGGACAGAAAUGGCGAUAUUUUAUCGUCUCUAUUCCUUCCUGCCCGUCCGGAAGAGCUGAAAACUCUACUAGGAUCACCGUCUGCACCGUUCCUGGUCGAAUCUGUCACCUUGCUUGGAGCUAUCCCCGAGCAGCGAGAGCGGUACGAGGCCAUCUGGAAUGCGAUCGUACAGUUCUUGAUAUGCUCCGAUUCUUUGGAAUCCGACAAUCUAAUGGCGUCACUCAUCUCGAGUGAGGCGGCAAAGCCACUCGCACAGAGGGAUGAGGGCGUCCAGAAGUUCCUGAUCACCAGAUGUUUCCUAAGUGCAAAGGGAGAUGUCGAAGCCUGGAAUCUUUUCGAGGUUGCCCUGACAUUCAGCGUGAUCAAGGACUCCCACCUCCGGGCGUUGACUUCCAGGAUCGUACAGCUCCUAGGAAGCCCGCAACAGCCCCAAGAGACAGUUUUCAGAGGCCUCGAAAUCAUCAUGCAGAAGGCACCAUCUCUACUAUCUCAGACCUCGGACUUGCAUGUCGAUCUUGUCGCAAAGUUGCUGGCAUUGACAGAGAUAUCGUCUCAGAGUAUCGCAGACAGAGCAAUAUCUCUACGCAGCCUGCUCGAUAAGCAGGUUGACGGACAAUCACCGAUGGUCGGAAUCAUACAGCAGAACUUAGACAAUGCUGGGAUCGCAUCACUAGGCAUUGACACCCUCGUUGAGCAAGCAACUUCUGUCUUCGCCUCGAAAUGCGUGCCUCUCGAGCAGCUGUUUCCGAACACGAAUAUCUGGAUGGAAGAGCUCUCGCUCUUUCUGCAAGAUCCACCCAAUCCCGCCCUCUCAGUGACCAGCAAUCUGGCUGGAGCUUACUUCUUAGCGAAGAAGAUACCUACGCCAAGAGGGCACAAGCCAAGACGAGAUCGGCAGGGCCUAUCGAUUCCAGCCCGCAUGGCCGCGUAUACGGCGAGAGUAUUUGGUGCCGGAUUCGACCUCUCCUCACUUCCGCAGGAGCUCAAGGUUGAGCUUUUGUUCUUGCUAUACCUCGUUGUUGAGGUUGCAUCUGACCAGUUGACGCUUAUGGAGGACGGCAGGCUCUGGGGGACCGUCGCCGACGAGCGCACUGCAACUGAUCUGGAGGAUUUCGUUACAUCGGCAAGAAAGAUCCUCCAGACCACCGUCACAGAUGCGAAGGGUUGGGGAGAUGGAACAACGGGCGGACAAAGCCUGGUGGACGAUCUCAUCGCGAUUGCUCUUCAGCAAACAAAGGACCUAAGUCCCAUGGCGCUGUACAGUGCCAAGGCUCUUAGCGAUCUAUUGCAGGCCAUGACGGAAGCCCAUGGCCUCCCAUCGGCCGUAGAGCAAAGGUUUAUCAAGCUUGACGUGAUGAAAGCGACGCCAUCCACCGUCUUUGGCGCCAUUGCCUUUCUCACGGGCUUCGGCGAGGCGUUGGCUACAUCCAAGACAGUCAAUAGGCUGUGCAACGGCCUCGUUAGUGACAUCACGGGUGCCUUUCCGACGUCGGAGAGGGCGCUCCUGGCUAUAGUGCUCCUCAAUUCCUGCGUCUCCGUCUACGAAGUUGGUGAGCUGCCGGUCGAGAGCCGCAGGCAAGUCUUCGCCGUCAGGCAGAUAACGACAUGGACCGACACGCCGGACGAGAUGGAUGCCAGGCUUGCUGCAGAGUCGUGCAGAGCUUUGCAGCGGCUUUUCCCGAGCCUCGAAUCGAUAUAUGGUCCGUAUUGGGAGCAGGCGAUCGAGUACUGCAUCCAUCUCUGGGACAAAGCCGUCGAGGAUCCGCUCGAAGCCCGACUUCCGUAUCUUCAGGCAUCGCUCAAGCUGUCGGCAACUCUGGAGUCCAUGGCCGGCGCCAACGACGACCUGGAUGAAGCACUAUCAACCCAUGCAGAGCGCAAAUCCUCGGCUUUGAUCGAGCUAUUGACCAUUCCACGAGACGUCGGCAAUCAGCCGUCCGAGAUCGUGGAUGCGCUCCUCUGCAGACGCAUUGGGAAGAUACCACUUGAGCACGUCAAGGAUAUUUCCAACCUAUAUGGGUUAAUAGCUUCCGAGUCUCGGGAAGUCCAGACUGCUGCGUUUGGUCUCCUGGAUAGGGCUCUUCCGGCGGCCCAGCAACAGCUCUCGGUCGACGUCCUCUUGGACAAGAGAGACGCGCAGCUUCCGGACGAGCUUCUCUCUCUCCUGUUAGAACCCCCGACGUUGGAGAGUUAUCCCGAUGACCUUCUCGUCCAUUUCCCGACGCCGGUCCGCUCGUACCUCCUGACAUGGCUUCUCAUAUUCGAUACAUACCGAGAAGCUGCUUUCAAGCUUCGCGCUGACUACACCAACAACCUGAGCGCAUCCAACUCGGUGGGGCCAUUGAUGGAGUUCAUGUUCGAUGUGCUUGGUCAUUCGGCGGCACUUUCUCUGAACCUAGACCGGGAAGGGUUCACGACCGAUAAUAUCCGCAACUACACCAUCGAGGUUGCGGACGCGGAGGCGCAGGAGCGGAACAUGCAGUGGCUGCUCAUCCACCUGUUCUACCUCACGCUGAAAUACGUGCCCGGCCUGUUCAAGGCCUGGUUCCGCGACUGCCGGUCCAAACAGACCAUAAUAGCCGUCGAGGCCUGGAUGACCAAGCAUUUCUCGCCCCUGGUCAUCUACGAGAGCCUUGAAGAGGUGAAGGACUGGGCUUCCAAGCAGGAGCCUCCGGAGCAGGACGAGAAGGAACUGCUGGUCAAGGUUAGCAAGGGAGCCAACGAGGUGACGGUCGGGUACGAAGUCGACGAGCUCCAGGCCUCGAUAGCGAUUCGCGUCCCGGAUGCGUAUCCGCUCCAACCGGUCACCGUAGCCGGCCUUAACCGGGUCGCCGUCAGCGAGAAGAAGUGGCAGAGCUGGCUGCUGGUGACCCAAGGAGUGAUCACCUUCUCCAACGGCAACAUCAUCGACGGGAUCAUCGCGUUCCGCCGGAACGUCGUCGGCGCCCUCAAGGGCCAGACCGAGUGCGCCAUCUGCUACUCCAUCAUCUCGACAGACAAGAAGAUGCCGGACAAGAAGUGCAACACGUGCAAGAACAUCUUCCACCGCACCUGCCUGUACAAGUGGUUCCAGGUCAGCAGCCAGAAUACGUGCCCGCUCUGCAGGAACCCGAUCGAUUACCUCGGGGCAGUGAGCGCAUCUCGGAAGGGUGCCGGGCCGGCUGACGACGAGGCCGUGUUUGCUCGUGAUGUGCACGGGUGAUUUUAGCUUCCUUGAACGUCGCAUAUCUCAUGAGAUUGGAAACCGGUCAUGAGGAAGGGCCCAUGGCUUGUAGAUGGCAUGGAAAUAAGCAUGGCGAUAGACCUAGACUUAGACCUCUGGGGCGGCGUUUGUAAAAAGAGCUAGGACAUGUUGUUCGCCUUUCGCCACAUGUCGAUUUACAUUAUGAAUGCAAGAGACCCAGUCGUGUGAAAGGGAUAUCGAUUGAUCCCAGCAAGACCUCCU